AUGUCCCAAGCACCACCCGAGUCCAGUAUCACCGUCAAGCUCUUCGGGAACCAAGUGACAUUCACGUUCCCAUCACCGCACUCGACGCUGAUCACGAUCCCACCGGGAAGCGCGUGGGAGCCCGGGCCGCAUUGGCACGAAGCAUACGUCGAGAACGUGCGCGUCGUGCAGGGUCGCGCCUGGGUCAGUGUGAAUGGAGUGGUGCGGGAAGUGGGGGUGGGCGAGGGAAGCGUCAGGUUCGGGCUGAGGGAUGUGCAUACCUUCGGGAGGGCGGACAGAGGACGCAAAGGCGAACCUGGUGCCGAUGCAGGAGACGUGGUCAUCGAGGAGUGCACUGAGCCUGACGACGGGUUCAAACACGUCUUCUUCUACAACGUGCUCCGCACCGUCCAGACGUCCUCGCUCGCCAGGCCAUCGACGAUCCUCCAGCUCAUGCGCACCGUCGCACACGUCGACAACUACGUCGACCUGCUCCCCUUCCUGGGCUCGUCGUGGUGGCUGCCGUUCUCGCUCAAGUACGCGCUCGUCCACGCCGUCUACGGCCUGGGGAGUGCCUUCGCCGGCGCGCUGGGCUACCCCAAAUGGUCGAGGGAGUUCACGCCGAGGGAGCUGUGGGGUGUCGCUGAGAGGGGCGCUGUGAAGGAGAGCGAAGCUGGGAGGAGGAGGAAAAUUCCAUGA